AUGCCUCCCAAAGCUUCUAGCAUCCAGAAGAACGCGCGCCCCUUCAACCUCACUGAUGCUGAGAUGACGGUUGCUCUAUACGUCUGCAAGGUCUUGACUGAUGAUGCCAGCUACAAGCUCGACGCCGACCAGCUGGCUGCCUUGACCGGACACUCCAAGCCUUCAUCUGCCAUGCGCAUCUGGUCCAACGCAAAGAAGAAGAUGGUCUCCGCCGAUUCCGCCGGCGGCGCUGGUAAGAUGGAGCAGGCUUCUGCUUCCGAUACCGCCACUCCCGAGGCCUCACCGUCCAAGAUGGCCCCCACCAAGCGUGGCCGCAAAGCCAAGGACCCUGGCGAGGAGGCAAUCCCCCGUGGCAACGCCGCCAAGAAGACCGCUGGACGUCCUCCUAAGCGCGUCAAGACCGAGGCGGGCUCGGCUCAGGAGGUUGAGGAGGAGAAUGAUGAUGACGAUAUGGCCGAUGAGGCCGGCUUUUGCGUUUAG